UGGUUGUUUUUUUUUUUUUUUUGAUUUGAUUUGUGUUUUUGUUGGGUGAGAUUCCGUAUUCCCCGCAACACCAACAACAAGAAAUUAACAGUAAACGCGCGUGUGGGUGUGUGUGUGUGUGCGAGUGAGUGAGUGUCUGUGACAGAGCGAGUGAGUAAGAGAGAGGAUAACGGCAGCCACACAAAUGGCGGACGUGAGCGAUCCAAGUGAACUUUUCGAUCUGGAACUGCAUGAAGAUGACAAGGCCAGAGAUUCGGAUGACGACAGGAUCGAACUGGACGAUGUUGACCUAGAACCGGAAUUGUGUAUAAAGCUACAUCAAGACAGCACUGAGGGCCAGGAGACCAUACAGCUAUCGGAGGAGAAUGUCAAUCCGGGUAAAAUCAAACUGGGACCCAAGGACUUUGAAUUGAAAAAGGUCCUUGGCAAAGGUGGCUAUGGCAAAGUAUUUCAGGUGCGCAAAACCGCUGGACGAGAUGCCAAUAAAUAUUUUGCCAUGAAAGUUCUGAAAAAAGCUUCAAUAGUCACCAAUCAAAAGGACACAGCACAUACACGUGCCGAGCGAAAUAUCCUAGAAGCCGUAAAGCAUCCAUUUAUAGUCGAAUUGGUCUAUGCCUUUCAAACAGAUGGCAAACUAUAUCUUAUAUUGGAAUAUCUAAGCGGCGGCGAAUUGUUUAUGCAUUUGGAACGCGAGGGCAUCUUCCUAGAGGAUACCACUUGCUUUUAUUUAAGCGAAAUUAUAUUGGCUUUGGGCCAUUUACACAAAUUGGGCAUUAUCUAUCGUGAUUUAAAACCAGAGAACAUCUUAUUGGAUGCCCAGGGACAUGUGAAGCUCACCGACUUUGGUCUAUGCAAGGAGCAUAUACAAGAGGGUAUUGUCACCCACACCUUCUGCGGCACAAUUGAAUACAUGGCCCCAGAAAUUUUAACAAGAAGUGGCCAUGGCAAAGCUGUCGAUUGGUGGUCAUUGGGUGCUCUCAUGUUUGAUAUGCUUACUGGAGUGCCACCGUUCACCGCCGAAAAUCGUAAAAAGACCAUCGAGACUAUACUUAAAGCCAAGCUAAAUCUGCCAGCCUACCUCACACCCGAAGCCAGAGAUCUGGUUAGACGUCUAAUGAAACGUCAGGAGCCACAACGUUUGGGCAGCGGUCCCGAGGAUGCGGCAGCUGUGCAAUCACAUCCAUUCUUCAAGCAUGUCAACUGGGACGAUGUCCUGGCACGACGCCUUGAGCCACCUAUAAAGCCUCUCUUGCGAAGCGAAGACGAUGUCUCCCAGUUUGAUACGAGAUUCACAAGACAAAUUCCGGUGGACUCACCAGACGAUACAACGCUCAGCGAAAGUGCCAAUUUAAUCUUUCAAGGUUUCACCUACGUAGCGCCCUCAAUAUUGGAGGAUAUGCAUCGUGCCAAUCGAAUGCCGGCGCGUUCACCUCGACGCACACCUAGGCAACAACAUCCGGACAAUAGUUUCCGUUUGCAAUUCCCGUCCGCCAAUGCAAAUCUGGGUCCUAGCAAUGCACCAAUGGCCAUGCAACGUUCCACAAUGUUUGCACGGGCGACGCCUCCGCACCAUAUGCAGACAUUCGCGCCGCGACCAUCCCCAGCCCAGGAUGAGAUGAUGGAUGUGCAUCACUGAAGAUCGGGGGAAGGAGCGAAGAGGAGAAGAGGAGGAGGAUGGCUGCUGGAUGAUCACACAUGGAAGAAGAGAAAUGGAUACGACAGUUACUAUAUGCUAUGAGGGGAUGACAAGGAGAAUGGAGGGGAAAGAUGACAGAUAGAUAGAUAGAUGAUGAAAGGGAAGAAAAAGAAGAAGAUUUGUUUUUGUUGUUACAAUAAGGAUUAGAAUGGAUGCUAGAUGAAGGCGUGCCAGGAUCGCGCUAAUGAUGAUGAUGAUGAUUAUGAUAAUGAGGGAGAGAUCAGAUGAUAAUGCUACGAAAGUUUGUUUGGAUAUAUAUACAAAAAAAAAUAAGAAAACAAAACUAUAUAUCUAUAUCCCUUAAGCAGAACAUAUAUUCUGCUAUAUACAUAUAGCUAUACUUUAUAUAUAUACAUAUAUAUAUAUAUAUAUAUAUAUAAUAUCGAAAUGAGCAGAGAAGUGAAGUAGGAGAAGAAGAUUAUCGGUUUAUGAUAAUGAUUGAUGAUUAAUUACUCCCCCCCC